CAACUUCAUCUCGUCGUUCGUGCAACUUUGCAAUCUCGUGCCUGACAUCCCGCGUCGUCGUUGCCGCGCGCUGUUCCGUGUCUCAUCUUUUGUCGACCUAACCAUCAAUCAUCUCCCUCUUCUCUCACCAUUCACCCACACCUACCUCCGCGCCACCUCCACGCCUCCGCCCCACACUGCUACCUCAUCUUUCCCCACACUCCUUGACCAACACCAACACCAACACCAACAAAGACAAUGUCCACGUCCACCUCCACGUCCGCCCCCGGCAUCCCAACGCUCACGCUCAACCCUUUAGCCCCGCUCUCCACCCGCAUCCUCUCCCUCUCCGGCUUCCCCCCCGAGCUCAAGACUAGGGACAUCCAAGCCGUGUUCAGCCCCUGGGAGGACGAUUCGGGUGGCUUCAAGAUCAAAUGGUUGGACGACACCAAUGCCCUCGUCAUAUUCAAUGAUGCAGCCGUAGCCAAACGCGCCUACCUAUCAACACUCCUCUCCCCUCCCCCCUCCCUCAUGACAUCAGCAGGCGUCGCAGCAAAAGUACGCCCUUACUCCGGCGAGGACGCCCAAGACAUCAUAGCCUCGGUGCAGAAUCGAUCCCGCUCGCGCAGUACGGCGCAAGGAGGGCCUGGGGCUCAACCAGCGUACGGGGCGUCGGGUGGCAACGAGGAUGGUCAGACUCAACUAGGCCUGGGGGGUAGUAGUAGUAGCCCAAAGAAGAGCCACUCCCCCGCCUUCCCCGCCCCGACAGCCGUACCCUUACCUGCUGCCAACUCCUCUCGCCCCACCAGUACCACUACCAACAACUCGACCAACCACGCCGCCAGGGGGCAUCGCCGACAUCCCUCAUCGACCUCGACCCUCCCCGCCAAACCUGUCGCCGCAGCACUCUUCGAUGCGGCGCAGGGUGGCCCUUCUCCCGCGAGACAUCUUGCCAACGCCGCUGCCGCGGAAAAGGAGAGAGAGAGGGCUGUGGCGAAUGAGACGGUCAAUGAGGAGGAGGAGGAGCAGCAGAAGGAGGGAAGGGAGAAGGGGGAUGUAGGGAGUGGAGAGGUCAAGGCCUCGGCGUAGCUGAGCUGCUACUGCGCUGUCUCAGUUUGAUCGAAAGAGGUGGGGAUGUGAUGGGACUGGCUUGCCUAGACUUGGAAGAGCGCCAUCUUCUCCGCCUCAGUCUCGCCCUCGCCCACGCCUCACGCCUCAUGCUACCAAUGCUGCCCGCGAUAAUCGUUUCUCGUUCUCACUGCUCUGCUGUACCAUUAAGACUAUCAAGAUGCCAAAUACAAUUCCAGAGCUUCAAUCACUGUAUCACACUG